UGUGACGGAUUUUCUGUUACAUGCACUGUGGGCAAAUAAGUAGCGUUAGUCACUCGGGACGGGAUGUACAAUCAGACAACGGAGUUUUUGUUGAUAACCGCUUCGUGUUUUUUCUAUAUAUUACACAGCUCGGUAGGAACGUGAGAGAGCCUUACCUUUGCACAGUAUUGCUAAAUGUCCGUUGUUUCAUUCUCAUAUAAGAGUUUCAGCAAGAAGGUUUAGUUUUCGCGAGUCUCCGUACUAUGAGACAAGUAGUGUGCGCAGCAGUUGUACUUUUUCUUACACUUGAAUGCAUUAGCUUGGCUACAAGUGAUAAUGCUUUUAUCACUAAUGGGGAGUGUCAACAAACGGAGAUAUUCAUAUGGCAGAGGAAUGUAUCUAUUUCGGUGGACUGUGAUUGUCCUCCCAAUUUUGUUGCCCUGAUCAGUGAUCAUAAAAAGCCAACUUUUUGCAUAAUGCUGACUCAACCGCAGAAGUGGAGUAACAUAUGCAUUUCAACGGGAACAACGGAUGAUUAUUAUGAAGUUACUGUCAGAGAAAGAGCUGCAAUAAAUUCAUUCCUGAGAAAAGCAAACGUUACUGAGUUCUGGAUAUCAGUGCAAAGAGACGGUGAAUAUGAUCCUCCUCUUAAAAGGUUGCCAGGAAGAAAGUGGGGUUUGCCGCUGGAUUUUGAAGAAGACUACGACCUAGAAAUAUCAACAGAUUCAUCGGGAAAUUGUCUUAGGGCCAACAUUGAUCAUAACUACUCCGCCGCCAGCUUCGUAAACUGCAGUGAUAUCUAUCCUCAUUUGUGUGUGUACAAGAGAUCCACAAUGCUUAGGUUGCAUUGUCCGCAUGGUGCAUAUACUACUCGAUAUUCAAAAUUCCAGGAACAUUGUUUUAGCAUUGUAGAGGCACAAAAUAACAUUUGGAAAGCGGACGGUUUGUUCGAUGUCGAUAGCCACAGAAAAUAUCAACUGUAUCAAAAUCUUGCCCGUGAAGCUGACGUGAAGUGCGAGAGCACAAAAAUUCAAUCGAAUUUGACUUAUAAGAUUCAGCAAGCCUUUUUGAUUAAAAACGAAGGAAAUGAGAAUAUGCUAAAACAUGCUGUCAUGCGCUCAGAUGGAACAAUGGCUAUAGCAGAAGAAUUCGAUUGUAUUGCAUACGAGAACAAGACGGAAGCCAACUAUUAUAAUGCUCCUGAACUUAAACUAAACUUCGAUCGCAUUCAUAAAAAGCUAUUGCUGAUAAUUCAUAAUGGACGAUAUCUGUGGCGUGAAAAUGGCAAAGAUGUUGGCGUUGUGUGCUAUACUGAUGGUGACACGGAAUUGCUGAAAGUAGUUGGUGUAAAACGUAAGGUUUGGCCCCCACAACGCAGCAUAGAUAAUGAAGAAGAUGAAGGACAAGAAAUCUACGAAAUGAAGCUAUAUGGUGAUUUUCCAGGAUAUUACUGGUGUGAGGGUCAUUCCGUCAUGAAUUUCACUCUCAUAAAGUCUGAGCGAGUGAUUGCCCAAAAGAAGGAAUCUGAUGUACACAUCUACUCCGUCUCUUUGGAAGUGUAUGAUUUGGAACACGAAAACUUAUGGCAGAAAAAUAAUCUCAAACGAAUGAUGAAGGAGUAUUCGCAGUAUCUCAAAGCAUAUGAUAACGAUCGAAUAAAUCGUCUAGCUGGUAUGAUCAAGGGAAUGCAAGUUAUGAAAAUUGAGAGCAUCAGACAAUCAUUGCAAAGAACUGGACUUAUUGUUCACGUUGCUGCCAGGUACAAUGCUGACACGGUUAACAUGUAUUCGGAUGUACAAGAAGCAUUAUGUGCAGGCUGUGAUGAUUCGGUGGAAGAGCAUUACCGUCUGAAGCAUGCUCUGAAAUUUUUAUUUGAAGCAACAGAAAGCGAAAAAUACCAUUUUAAGGGUAUAAACAGCACGGAAUUGUGUUUGCCACAAGACGCACAUGAUGAUCGCAAAUGGCCACCAGCUAGAAUUGGACAAACAACGGCUCCGCUGGAACUGUGUCUCAUUGAAACUAGUGGACUUCCACUGACGAGGAAAUGUACCGGUGACCGAACUUAUGGAGGCGUUUGGCAAAAGUUGCCGGAAUUCUAUGCAUGCAGCCAAACUGUGCAGAAACACACCUUGCAGCUAUUCAACUAUACCGAAAUAUCAGUGAACGUCGCAGAAAUGGGCCAAGUCAUGGGUGAAAUAGAGCAUGUGAUGGACUCGACAAACGAUUUGAUUCCCGCUGAUUUAUUUUACAUUUCUAAGACAAUGGACAACAUGAGAUCUGCGUUAUUGAAUAAUGGAAGUAACAAUGUGGCCCUAAUUGAUAAAAAUCACGAAAGAUAUUACUGCGACAUAGCCGGCAUCCUGAAUCGUGUAAUGUACAUGAAUAAGUCUGUUGUGCUCCGAUCGCAAAUAGCUCUCAACACAACCAACAUACUGCUAGAUUCUACUGACGACAUCAUAAAUCGGAUAUCAGUCGCGAAUAGCACCGUGGAUUUCCUUCGUGGUAACAGUCUAAAUUGUUUUAACGAGGAAGGACAACAAUUGAACACGAACAACAUAUUGGAGAACCAACCUGGAACCAUUUUGUUCAAAACACCAAGGCUGAUUUUGCUGGUGGUUGAUCCUUUUGUUAGUGGCAUAUCGGGGCUGGCUAUUAUUAAAGCAAACGGAACUUAUGAAGAGACAAAUUCUACAGAUCAUAGCUUCGAUUUAUACGAAACAAGAUUGAUAGCGGUUGAUGAACCUGAAUCUAAGAUAAUGAUGGAAGACAAUUUGGAAAUAGCUGCUUAUGUCCCUAUACAGUUGUUGGAAAGGAUUAGUUUGCUCAACGAACAUAUUGGAGAAGAAAAUGAUACAAGUCAGCAUAUUUUACGAAUAGUAAUUUCAGUCUACUUCAACGAUAAUAUUUUCAAAGAAACGACGAACGGUACGAUUUUGCGAGCUAACGGUAAAAUUAUAAGUGUAACAAUUCCAAGCCAUAGCUCAGAUUUGCCCGGAGAAAUUCCAAUAUUUAUAAGAGAUCAGGAUAGGGAUCAAACCAGCAGCUGCGGAUACUGGAAUUUCGAACCAGACGAUAAUGAGGCAAUGCCGAAGUGGUCAUUUGGGGGUUGCAAGCUUGCUGAUCAGUACGAUGGAAUAACGCUGUGCAAAUGUUCCCAUUUGACUCCGUUUUCACGCCUUUGUAUGGAUAUUCAGCACAUUGAAAGUGAUCAUGUAUUGCAGAAAUUUAUUGGUCAAUCGAAUAUUUUCACUUUAGAUGUUAUAACAUCUAUUGGAAGUGCACUGUCUUUGUUGGGAGUGUUAGGGAUUUUUGUCACAGCUUUCUUGUUUCCCACUUGGAGGCAAACUGCACAUUCUAAAAUAUUGUUACAGUUGUCGUUAGCAAUCACAUUUGAAAUGAUCAUAAUAUUCUUGGAUGGUCCUGAUAUAAACUAUAAUGAACAGAGCGGUAAAAUUCAGUGCACUUUACUAGGAGGAUCUUUUCAUUACAUUAUCCUGGUAACAUUUAUGUGGAUGUUGGUGAUUGCAUAUCUGCAAUUUUUGCGAUAUGUCAAAGUUUUGGGUCGUCUGCGUCCAUCACGAUUCAUACUGAAAGCAUCACUAUUGAGCUGGGGGUUGCCGCUGGUACCGGUAAUUAUAUUUGCCGCAGUCGAUUACACGUUGUAUCACAAACAAGAUAACAUUUCUGAUAUUUGCUAUCCUCAUGGUGUUGCCUUGUACUAUGGAUUGCUUUUACCCAUUGCUGUCAUUAUUUUAGUAAACAUGGCAAGUUUUCUUUUGAUAAUUUACUAUGUAUUCAGAGUUCCAAGUAAUUUGACACGUUCGUCUGAAAAUGAUCUCACUUUGUCACAAAUUAGGCUUUCUGUGUUUUUGUUCUUCCUUCUCGGUUUACCAUGGAUAUUCGGAAUGAUGAUCACCGUCGGAGCGGGAAAAAUCUUUUCUUACUUGUUCUGUAUUACUGCCCCACUGCAAGGUUUCAUUUUAUUUGUGUAUUUCAUAAUAAUGAACCCAAUUGCUAGAAAAUUUUGGUGUUCGAAAUGCAGUAAAAGUGAAUCUGACAAAAACACCAUAGACAUUCCACUCAAAUAAAACUUUGUAGAACAUCCGAGGAAAGUAAAAGAAAAUCACUAUUUGAAAA